AUGAGGGUCGACUCGCCUGCGAUCGCUCGAAGGGCUCAGGCGGUCUCUCCUGGGUCAUUGCACUCUGCUGCUUCUCCUGCUGAGUCGGUGAAGGCCUCGCCAGCGUCCAAGUACGAGCGGCUCGAAUCCAACAUCGGCGAAGGUACCUAUGGCAAGGUGCACAAGGCUCUUCACACCAAGUCCGCCCAAGUGGUCGCUAUAAAGAAAGCGAAGGUGUCGGCUGUGGACCGGGACGUUGGUGGAGUCGGCUUUACCGCCCUCCGAGAAAUCAAGGUGAUGAAAGCUGUGCGCCAUCCAAAUGUCAUGGGCUGCCUGGAUGUCUAUGCAGAACGCGGCAUCCUGCAUCUAGUAAUGGAGUUCAUGGAUGGUGACCUGAAGAAGGUCAUCGAGGACAAAGCUCUGGCACUCUCCGAGGCGCACUGCAAGUGCCUGGCGAAGCAAUUGCUGCAGGGCCUCAGUGCGCUUCACGAGCGCUUCUUCGUCCAUCGAGAUGUUACUCCAAACAAUGUUCUCCUUAACUUUCAGAGUGGAGUUGCCAAGCUGAGCGAUUUCGGCUUCGCAAGGAUCAUCGGCCAGGACAACGACAGGCCGAUGACUGGGUCUUGUACCACUCUCUGGUACCGUGCGCCGGAAUUGCUGUUCGGUGCGAAACACUAUGGUCAGGCUGUUGACAUCUGGAGCAGCGGCUGCGUCGUUGUGGAAAUGUUGAUGCGGGAGGCAAUGUUCCCGGGGCGCGGCGAGUUUGAGAUGCUGCAGAAGAUCAUUGAGCGGCGCGGGACGCCUUCGGAAGAAGUUUGGAAGGAUGUGUCUUCCCUGCCGAACUUCGUGGAGUUCACUCCCCACCCGAAGGCGCAGAUGGAUCAACUCCUCCCGAACGCGUCGCCGGCCUCCCAAGCUUUCGCAGACUUGCUGUUGACCUUGGAUCCCAAGCAGCGCCCCAGUGCUGCCGGGGCCUUGGCCCACGAAGCUCUGAAGAUGGCUCGACCCUUGCCGUGCGCGCCCAGCGAGCUCCCCUUCGUGAGAAGAAGCGGGAGAGCCCAGACAUGCCAUGCAGAGGGCCAGGGCAAGGAGACGGAGACGGAGACGGAGAGAGAACUUCGGAUCUUCGCGUGUUUCGACCUCCGCGAACAGGUGGAUAGACGAGACGAGGCUUCAGAGUUCAGCCUGAAGCGCUGCUGGGUUGCCAGGUCGUUUCAGGGGUGCCUGCUUAGAUGGGUUCCACGUUUUUGGACCCCGAUUCUACAAAGCCCGGUUGCAAGCAUGCCCACUGCGGCAGCUGCAAACAGCAACCGGGCCUGA